UAUUCUGAAACUGAUGCCUGAAGAAAGAGGAGGAGGCAUUCUCAAGUUUAUAAGUGCUAUUGGCUGCAGCAAUGUACACAUGAAAUGAAGUGUCUUUCCAACAGCAUUUGCAACAGCCAGACAUAACAUAACUUUUCUGCUAAGGAAGUUUUCUGUCAUUAUAUUAUCAGAACUUUUUUUGUCUCUGUUGCCAGCUCUAUUAGCCCAGUUGAGAAAAACCACAAAGAUCUUGAAUUUGGCUGAUUCUGGAAAUGGGUUGUCAGAGAAGGCUUCUGGGGCUGUGUCUAUGGAUGUACUUGGCAAGCUUAAGCUUCAUUGGAGUUGGUGCUGUGUAUGGAAGAGGAGGAGGAGAAGCUGUGAAAGGGGUUGUUUUGGUUCAUGGCAAAUCUUCUAUUGGAAGGAUUGAUAAUGAUUUUAUCUGUGCUACUUUGGAUUGGUGGCCUCCUCAGAAAUGUGACUAUGGAAAAUGCAGUUGGGGUCAUGCUUCUCUGCUCAAUCUGGACCUCAACAACAAAAUUUUGCUAAAUGCAGUAAAAGCCUUUUCACCCUUAAAAAUUAGAUUAGGAGGCACUUUGCAAGACAAGGUCAUAUAUGGAACUGAAGAUAAUCGGCAACCCUGUACUCCUUUUGUUUGGAAUUCUAAUGUAAUGUUUGGUUUCACUCAAGGGUGCUUACCCAUGUAUAGGUGGGAUGAGCUGAACAGCUUUUUCCAAAAAGCAGGGGCUAAGAUCAUCUUUGGACUAAAUGCUCUUGCUGGAAAGUCUAUUAAGUCCGGUUUUGCUGUUGGACCUUGGAACUACACCAAUGCUGAAUCAUUAAUACGAUACACUGUAAGAAAGAAGUACACAAUUCAUGGUUGGGAACUUGGAAAUGAAUUGUGUGGAAAUGGAAUUGGAGCAAGUGUUACUGCUGAUCAAUAUGCUUCUGAUGUAGCUGCUUUAAGGAACAUAGUUCAAAAUGCAUAUAGAGGGAUUUUUCCAAAGCCACUAGUUAUUGCACCAGGAGGCUUCUUUGACUCAAAUUGGUUCAAGGAAUUUGUUAGCAAAUCCGGUAAUACCGCAGACGUAAUCACUCACCACAUUUAUAACCUUGGGCCAGGUGUUGAUGACCACCUAACUGAAAGAAUUCUUGAUCCUUCCUAUCUGGAUGGAGAGGCUAACACAUUCAGCAGCCUCAGAAGUAUACUUCAUAGUUCAGCAACCUCAGUAAAAUCAUGGGUUGGUGAGGCAGGAGGGGCUUACAAUAGUGGCCAUCAUCUUGUGUCUGAUGCAUUUGUCUAUAGCUUCUGGUAUUUGGAUCAGCUUGGCAUGUCAGCUGUUUAUGACACCAGAACCUACUGCAGACAGAGUUUGAUAGGAGGAAACUAUGGUUUAUUGAAUACUAGCACUUUCACGCCAAAUCCAGACUAUUAUAGUGCACUUCUUUGGCACCGACUCAUGGGAGGACGUGUCCUGUCAACCAACUUUUAUGGGACAAAGAAGAUAAGAAGUUAUGCACACUGUGCAAAGGAAUCCAAAGGAAUCACAAUACUAUUGCUCAAUUUGGACAACAGCACCACUGUUCAAGUCAGUGUGUACUUAAAAUUUAACAUGCUACCAUACCAUAGAGAGGGUGAACCAGCCAGAAGAGAGUACCAUUUAACAGCACCAGACAGGAAUUUACAUAGCCAAACAAUGUUGCUAAAUGGAAAAAUUUUAACUGUAAACUCAGCUGGUGAAAUUCCUCCUUUGGAGCCUCUAUAUGUAGACUCAUCAAAGCCAAUAAUAGUUGGUCCUCUAUCUAUUGUAUUUGCUCAUAUACCAAAUGUUCUUCUUAAGGCCUGCAGCUAAUUCAAUGGCAUUAUUAGGUGAAACCGAAAAUUGGUUUCACUUAGUGGUUGAUACAACAAGAGAUAGAAUACAUGAAAAAUUCUGUUUUACAGUUAUUGGUGGUAGUUGGCUAGUUGCUCUUCUCUUUCCCCUAAGGGGGGCCUAUAGGAUUUUAAUUAGUUUUAUUCGGAUGACAUUUAAAUUUUAUAAAUUGAAAGUGACAUUUAAUUUCUUGUCACUUGUGGAUGA